AUCCCGAGACCGCGUCUCUGUUCCCACCGACGAUGAGCUCCCGCAAGCAAGCACCCGACGUCGCCUUCUCAGACGCUGUAUCUGCCUUCAACAGGGCAGUAACCACCAUCGUUAACAACGCCCAGGAGCAGGCUCGCGCCGAAGUGUCCGAGGCCACCGCCGAGGCGCGUCAGGCGCGCCGCGAGCGCGACGAUGCCCUCAAGAGCCUGACUGUAAGCAAAAAGCAGGAGGCCACGUGGAAGCAGGAGGCGACGAACUGGAAGUCAUCUCUCGAGAAAGCCGAGCUCAAGAUAAAGCAUCGAGAGGAAACGAUUAUCGAACUCCGCGAAGACGCCUCCCGCUGGAAAGAACAAUGCCUUCGGCUAGAAGAGACAUCCAUCAGCUGGAAAGAGCAGUUCCUCCGCGUCGAGGCCGAGCGCGCGCGCCUCGCCGCACGCGUAGAGCAGCUCGUGGCGGACCUCGCGCAUGCGGGCGCCGCGCCUUAUACGCCCAACAUCCGGCACGCCGAUCUCCCCGCCGCGUCUGCUUCAUCCUCGAAGACCGUCUCUCGCCCGCCGCUGUACGAGUCUGCGAGUCCCCCGCCCGAAAGCGGCCUGUCGAAGCGUGGAACGGCCAAGGCAAAGUCGAAGUCGAACGCUGCCUCGAAGUCGUCGCGUGCACCGAAGUCGUCCCGCCAGCAAGCGGACCCGCCUGGCCAACUUCCUACACCGACGAGCGAGUACCAUAGCGGUACAAAACGCAGUGCAAAGCCCACCCAAAUUAGAGAUGAUGAAGACGACGAAGACGAUGAGACCUCGGCUCUGCUGGAGGAGAGCGAACGCAGGCCUCGAUCGACCGUCAUACGCCGCGUACACGCCGUCGUCUCGGUGCCCGUCAAGGAGGAAGAGCUCGACGAGGACGAAAUUGAAAUCCCGAUACUCCCCUCGACCUCAACAUCAGCAUCAGCGGGCCCUUCGAUAUCGCACAUCUCGAGAACCUGGAAAACCGCCUCGUCAAGUACCACGCACGUCAGCGCGAGCGCGCCUUCGUCGUCUUCCAAGGGCCAGAGUCAAAAGACGGCGAACAAGUCUGCCACAAACGCGAGUAGCGCCAGCGUUAACGCAUCGUCGACCUCGUCGUCCAAGGCGCGAAAAACCGCACCGAUAACCACAUCUGGCGCCAGCGCGUCCGCCCGUAAAGCAGCGCCGAAGCGUCUGUACGUGGAGGUCGACUCCGACAGCGAAGGCGAGGAACAACAGGAGUCCUCGGGCGAUGAAUAUCACGAGGGCUCGGAUGAGGACGAGCUCAAUAUGCGAGCGGAGCCAAAUCAUAAAGCGAUAUACGCCUCCCAGCCCGUCAAGACCCGAAGACUCGCCCCCACGGCCACGUCUGUGCCCGUGUCCGCGCGGUCCGCCGGCCCCGCGAAGAAGGCGAAGACGACGGCGGCAAGCACCAGUCGGCGGAAGACUCUACCAGCCAAGUCGGCGCGGUCAUAGCUUGCGCUAGACGCGUCGGCACUUUACGGUACUUAAAUUAUUUCGCUAUCACGCCUACGUUUCGGAUUCCUGCCUGAUUUCAGGGUUCUUUCUUGUCGUUUAUCAUCUCUUCGUUAAAGUCUUCCAUCUCAUGUACCCGGAGACACUGUAUUUCUACCGAUCUGUGGAGAGCUAACAUCUUAUCGCGCCAUCCCGCC